GGGGGCCUCUCCAACGACACGGAAAUAAACGCGCGACUCUCCGGAUCAAUGUUGGGGAUGCGGGGCGGCUGGAAAAAUACCCGGAUCAGACCGUAAACAAGAAGUACCGAGCAGAGGCUGAGAGUCACCUGCCGGAGGGAGACAGAAGACGAUGAUCCGCGAACCUUGAUGUGCAUGCCGGCCUAUAACGCUCUAUUUUAAGACGAGUCUUUGGUUUUCUUGUCAGCCACACCAGUGCAUUAACACGUUCAUGCACGGGAGAAGCCAAUAAUCCAAGCUUGGGCUGGACUUUAUUCGUCCCGACUGAGUGGACUCAGGAUUAAAUCACAUGAGAGCAGGACCUCCUACAAAUUCAUUCACAAGUGAUCACUCUUGAACUGCUGCAAGGCUGUUAGUCACUCUCAGUGUUUCAGCCAAGGAGGACAGGCCUUUCUUUAAAAGCUCGAGCAGAGAUCCCCUUCUUAGGACUAUUUUGAAGAAGCCAUCGGCAAAGUGACGGAGGUAAUGGGUAACAAGAACACCACUGCGCCAAAAGGUCCCGGUGAAGGAGCGACACAAGAUGAUGCCAACUCUGGAAGCGUCUCUGCGGACGGAUGGACGUCCCUCGGCCCGGAGCUGCUGGCCUCCCUGCAGGCUCUGGGAGAGAACACUGACUACACACUGCUGCCACAGUCUCUUCACCAGAUGGCCGAAGCCUGCUCACUACAGGAGGACUAUCAGAUGGCCAUAAAGUUCCUGCAGCUGGAGAAGCUCUACCAUGAACGUCUCCUCUUCAACCUCUCGGCUCUGCAGGAGACCUGGGAGUCCGAAACAAGAGAGAGAACCUCGGACAACAGCCUGUCACAUGACGCGGACGCCAGUCAGGAACACAUCGAGGCCCUGAGUCGGAUCUGCAGGACGCACCACUUACCUUGUAUCAAUGUGCAAUGGAAAACACUGGAUGCCAUUCAGAGAAAUGCGGAGACACUUCAGCCCUUUCAUGAGACAGGUCUCCAGGACGAAGGGCAGGAGGUCAAUGACGAGGGGGAGACAUAUGAGGAAGGACAUGAGGUCGGAGAGGAGGAAGUGUGUGAGGAGACACCUGAGGAAGAGGAUGUGAAGGUGGAGUGGCCGACUGGAGUUCCUCAGGCGUCAGAGAAGGACCUGGCCAAGCUGUCGACGGCAGAGGGGAGUUCCUCCCCUGAUGGCCUGGUUUCUAUUCUGAAGAGGAGAAGAGCAUCUCUGGAUGGACUUCCCCCUCCUAGCACCAUCGUGAAACAGAACUCCAAGCGCAAAGUUCGCUUCAGCGAGCCGGACGACUGCACAGAACACUUCACAGAUGAGGUCGGUGGCGAUUCCUGCCUGAUCCUGCUGCUUCUCUGCAUCAUCACCGUCAUCAUCAGUGUGGGAGGCACCGCUCUCUACUGCACCCUGGUGGACACCUACUCCAACAUUUGCACUGACUUCACCCAUAACAUUGACUUCUUCGUCAGCAGCAUCGGGAGGUUCUUCGAGGGCCUCGGACGCCUGCUGCCCUUCAGGACUUAGUGCUUACGGGACUGACCUCACUGGAGUGAGAAUUCAAGAUGCUGCUUCGGCAGAAACGUGGCAUCCCUGCCUCACAAGGCCUUGACUCGCUUGUCCAGGCUGCUCACCGCAGCAGUGCAGGACACCGGCAUCAUGUUGACUUUUCUCUGUUGCUCUUGUACUGAAGUUUUCUCUGAGACGAGAUAGAAACUCUUCACUAUAUUUAUACCCAUUAAUCCCUCACUUUUGUAGAGUUUGUCCGCCACUAAAGAGUCAAAUCAUUCGUACUGUGAUUGUUUUUCUGAACCCUUUUACGUAAGUGUGAAUUAUAUUAAUGUGUGAUGAAUCUGUUUAAUGGGUCUGCAUCAGACAACUUGGACAGAUAUGCUACAAUGUCAAUUUUUAUUUUUCCAAAACUGAACACGUCCACAAUGGAUCUUACCUCAGUGCACAUAAAUACUUUCACAUUCCUACUAACGGGUGCGUAGAAUUCAAGACGGUUAAAAUCACCAUGAAUCCCUGAUUAAAAAAAAAAACAACAACUUUUUUUAUGUAAAAAAAAAAUCUAUUACAUUUAUUUUAGUUUGUUGUUGUUGACAUCAGUUCUCCUAAGCUCCGUAUGCCAAACAAAAGCACAACCAAAAAGAAGAAUGACAAACAACAGAGCAGCUUUUCUUGUAGCUGACAAUCUGCUGCUAAAGCUGAUGGUAAAUUGUGAGCAUAUCUCACUGGUUCAAAUUAAAAUUAAAGCAGCGGUGAGCUUCUUUUAAAGUUACUGGACUUAGUUUCUCUUAGAAAUGCACAUUUUAAUCUCCACUGCUGUGUGACACAAACCAAAGGAGGAGUGAUGUAACAAGCCACCAUCUCAUUUUGGGGCCACCGAGGUCAGAUGAAAGGCUUUUAUUAUACAUGCUUUGGAAGCGGGUCUAGUCGCCCACCACUGAAUCUGAUCUACAGCCAUCUCUUGGUGUUAAAUCAUUAUUCAAGCGCUAACUAAAACCUCAAACCAAUCCCUAUUGGCAUGUUCCCACUGUGUUAUUGCCUUGAUGUUUGUACUGUUCCUAAAGGUUCUUUUGUGAUGUCUUUUUGAAGCCAUGGUUCCAGUUUGAUCACGUCCCUGUGGAGGCUGUUCCUGCGUUUUAUUGACAACAUUUGUUAUUUCCUCUGUUGUGUUCACAAGGGAAUAGAAAACAAUUGAACUACUGAAUGUUUGUCUGCUCUUUUCUCAAGCGCUAUCACACGUUGAUGUCAUACCACUGUGAUCAUGCAACCCUUCCAUCGACUGGGUCGGUUCUGUUUUCAUCAACAAAACUUCCUUGUUGCUCUAGUUCAUAUUAAUAUAUCACAACACAUUGUAUUUGACUCACAAACUGCAUCCUAUUCUGAUGCCGUCUUUUCCUCCUGGUAAGACAAACUAUUAAAAGCUUUUGAAGUAUUCCAAACGUCAAUAGGUCAUUCACUCCUCAUAUUUACACUGCGUUC